AUGCCCUACUAUCUAGGACUCAUUGGAAUCGUUUCCAUCGAAGGAAAAAUCAAGGACGAGUACCCUCUAGUACAGUCCAGGUGCCACUACAACAUCGUCGACGUCUACUCUAUUGCCGAGCUCGUCCAAGACUAUCACUCUAGCGCCCCCAUCAGCCGGGACGUCGAAUACGUGUUUCCCCUCCCACCAGGCGCGGCUGUAUGCUCUUUCAAAGCAGUGAUAGACGACACGAAGACCAUUAAAGGAGUAGUCAAAGAGAAGGGCGAAGCCAAGACAGAAUACAAGGCAGCGGUAGCUCAAGGAAAGACUGCUGGUCUUCUUGAACAAGAGCAUCCGGAUG